UGUGCAGUCAGGGAGGGGGGGAAAAAGCCUCUUUUUAUGCGCUCACUCAUCCUCCGCUCUAACUCAGACGUACCCUGAUUUGCCAGCAAUAGCUGCGAUGCCACAGCCUCAGCAUCAGUCGUCCCUUUUUUUUCCGCUGGAUUAUGAAACGACGGCCUUUGCCUCAUGCAAACCCGGCUAAUUUGGAAGCGAUAAAGGAAAUCUAUUAAUCACUUAAUCCCCUGGUUGGUGGAAAGCGGAGGGGAUACGUUGUAUUUUAGCGACAUUGGCGAGUCGGAAUUGUUCCGUCAUAUUUUAAGAGGCUCCAGGGACAAACAUAUAUGUGAAAUGCUUCACCAAGACGCCCCUGGGAUGCUGAAAUGUUGAGGACGAGGAUGUUGCGCACCUAACCUAAACCCGCCUUUGGGUUGGAUAGUGUCCACACCCUUGUGCUAUUUAAGCUUGAACCGAUGUCAUACAGACAUUUGGUGAUAAUGACGAACUAAACUUCGUGAUCACUCCAUCCUUCCACAGACUGUCUCAAACCAAACCCCCUUCCAACUCGCAGCUUUGCACGGUCAAAGUUUCGGAAAAGUGACAUUUCACAGACGACCGGCCUUGCGCUUCCAGCCCGCCAACCAAAUAGACGUUCCACCCCUCGCCCUUGAUUGCUUUAUCAAAUGCCCAAAAACAGCAAGGCCGUCAAGAGAGAGCUUGACGACGAUGUCACAGAGUCCGUCAAAGACCUGCUUUCCAACGAGGACGCCUGUGAUGAUUCCUUCAAGAAGAGCUCGCUGAUCGUCAACAACCAUGAAGGGGAAGGCAAAGAGUGCGACGUGGAGGAAGGGGGAUCGGACGGCGAGGAGGAGGAGCGCCCGGCCUGGAACAGCAAGCUCCAGUACAUCCUGGCCCAGGUUGGCUUCUCUGUAGGCCUCGGCAAUGUCUGGAGGUUCCCCUACCUGUGUCAGAAGAACGGAGGGGGAGCGUACCUGGUGCCAUAUCUCAUCCUGCUGGUACUCAUCGGCAUCCCGCUGUUCUUCCUGGAGCUCGCCGUGGGACAGCGGAUCCGCAGGGGCAGCAUCGGGGUGUGGAACUACAUCAGCCCUCGGCUGGGGGGCAUCGGCUUCGCCAGCUGUGUGGUGUGCUUCUUCGUGGCUCUCUACUACAAUGUUAUCAUCAGCUGGAGCCUCUUCUAUUUCUCCCAGUCCUUCCAGCAGCCUCUGCCGUGGCACGAGUGUCCGCUCGUCAAGAACAAGACCAAUACAUAUGUGGUGCCAGAGUGUGAGAAGAGCUCGGCCACCACCUACUACUGGUACCGCGAGGCCUUGAACAUCUCCAACAGCAUCUCUGAGGGUGGAGGACUCAACUGGAAGAUGACUGUGUGCCUGCUGGUUGCCUGGUCUAUUGUUUGCCUCGCCAUGAUCAAGGGAAUCCAGUCUUCAGGGAAGGUGAUGUACUUCAGCUCCCUGUUCCCCUACGUUGUGCUGAUCUGCUUCCUGGUGCGGGCUCUGCUCCUGAAGGGCUCUGUGGACGGAAUUCGACACAUGUUCACACCAAAGUUGGAGAUCAUGCUGGAGGCCAAGGUGUGGCGAGAGGCGGCCACGCAGGUCUUCUUCGCCCUGGGCCUCGGCUUCGGGGGCGUCAUCGCCUUCUCCAGCUACAACAAGAGGGACAACAACUGCCACUUCGAUGCUGUCUUAGUGUCUUUUAUCAACUUCUUCACCUCCGUGCUGGCCACCCUGGUGGUGUUUGCAGUCCUGGGCUUUAAAGCCAACAUAAUGAACAGCAAGUGUGUUGCACUGAACACUCAAAAGAUUGUGACGUUGUUGGGGAAUGGCAUUGAGCAAAGCCUGAUCCCCCACCACAUUAACCUCACUCAGGCGAGUGAGAUCAGUGCUGAGGACUACAAUCAGAUGAUAGAGGUCAUCAAAAAGGUGCAGGAGGGCGACUUUGCGCGACUGGGACUGGAAACCUGCAGCAUCGAGGCCGAACUCAAUAAGGCGGUCCAAGGCACGGGCUUGGCCUUCAUCGCCUUCACAGAGGCCAUGACUCACUUCCCAGCCUCGCCCUUCUGGUCUGUCAUGUUCUUCCUCAUGCUGGUUAACCUUGGCCUGGGCAGCAUGUUCGGCACCAUCGAGGGCAUCCUCACUCCGCUGAUAGACACUUUCAAAGUGCGCAAGGAAUUUCUUACAGUGGGAGUCUGCGUGCUGGCCUUCUCCAUUGGUCUCCUGUUUGUUCAGCGCUCAGGGAACUACUUUGUGGCCAUGUUCGACGAUUACUCGGCUACUUUGCCUCUGCUAAUAGUGGUCGUACUGGAGAACGUGGCAAUCGCGUGGUUCUACGGGACUGACAAAUUCUUUGAAGACCUGAAGGACAUGCUGGGCUUUACACCGUACCGCUUCUACUAUUACAUGUGGAAGUUCAUCACGCCCAUUCUGCUGCUGGUCCUCCUAUGCAGCAGCUUCAUCCAGCUGAUCAUGACGCCGCCCAGCUAUAGUGCCUGGAUACAGGAAGACGCCAAAGAGCAGACCUUGCACUUCCCUACAUGGGGCAUCGUAGUCUGCAUCUCCCUGGUGGUGAUGGCCAUCAUGCCGGUGCCCGUGGUCUUCGGCCUGCGCUACUUCAACAUCAUCGACGAGAACACCAGCGGCCUUUCCACCGUCUCCUACAAGAAGGGCCGCAUCAUCAAGGAGAGCGCCCGGCCGGGGGAGGAUGAUGACGCCAGCCUGAUCCAAGGCAAGUCGCCCAGCGAGGCGCCCUCGCCGAUGCCCGGCAACAGCAUCUACCGCAAGCAGAGCGGCAGUGGAGGCACUGAUGCGGACACCGCACCCAACGGCCGUUAUGGUAUUGGUUACUUGAUGGCUGACAUGCCGGAUAUGCCCGAGUCGGACUUAUAGACUGACUGUAUAGUAAGCCCUGCCCGGCCAUACCGGCUGGCCACUCCUCCCCUCCAACCCUCUGCGUGCGUUUAGUUGGCCGUAUCAUCCAUGUAAUUUCACUUGUCAUGUAUAUUCUUUGUAGAUAUCGUAGCUGCUCUCUUAUUUGUCGUCUCUGAACCUUAUAUGACUGUCUACCUUAAGAAAAGGUGUGGGAAUAAAUGUCAUUCUUGUCUAACCCUUUUGCUUGGCUGCAUCCCAAACUCAUCUCUAGCUCCUGCUCCCUCCGGCCUUUGCCUCCUCCUCCUUGCAGAUGCUAUAGAAGAGAAACAGUUUAAGCAAUAAGGUGCGUGCUCCACAGGGCCUACUUGAACAAGAAUCUGCACGGAGGAGUCUGCAAAGGGGCGGGUUAGGAGGUAAAGAGGUCAUCUUGGGACUGUGUCUGUGGGCAGUGUAGAUCAAGCCAGCUUCGAGUCCUGCUGUAAAAUAAGUGGCUGUGUACAUUAUGACCCCUAACUGCUGGCCGACAAGUACUCAGAUUACUGUAGUAGCAGUGUAGCCGCUCUGGAUGGCGUAACGAUGCAAGAAGAGAUUUUUGUUGAUGAAAAGUUCAGGUCAACCGAGUUCAAACAGCGAGAGGAUGGCCUUUGAAAACCACUCCCAUGAUUGUUUGAGACAAAAGUGUGCCUAAGUAAUUUAUAUUUGUUUAUAGAAUACAUGAUGGACGUUGUAUAUUUAAGGUAUUCUGUAAAUAUAAUAUAAAUAUUAUAAAUAUAUUUAUCUUGAUAGUUUGGAUAUCAGAACACCAUGUUUUUAAGGUUCAGACGUACUUCAAUCCCUUAACUCCUGUGUCUUUGUUUUUUUUUUUACAUUUUACUAAUGUGCUGUCAAUGUUUGAGAGGACUAAGUCCUCCUUGUAAAUAUUUUUUUUUCCAUGAAAUGGCUUCAAAUGCAAUGUCUUUUUUCCCCCCGUCGAGAUUAAAGACCCAAUAUGGUCCAUACCCUGAAA